AUGAUAAAGGUGUUGGAUGACUUCUUAACCAACAAAGAAAAUAAAAACGCAAUCGCAUGUCUUAAAAAUAUACUUCAAUAUCCAUUCAGACAAGGAGAAUUUGAAGUCACUUUUGAGGAUGAAAAGCUACUUUACGAGAAGUAUUUUCAUCGCAUUAUGCGUAGUAUUUUCGAUGCUAAUGACGAGUCAUCAUGUCCUGAUAUGUUGCUGCUAGCCAGCUUUGCUACUGAGUUUUCCAAGGCUGAUAUUUGGCUUGAAUGUAUAUGUAGCUUUCUGAACCAACGCACUGUUAGUAAAACUGAGUCACUUGUGGCAGAAUUGGAGAGAUUUUUCUCAAAACCUUGUAGAAUAUCUGACUUUAUCGUUGCAUGUAUAGACAAUCCAGAAGCCAGAUCAGACUUUGUCGCUGUUUUCUUAGAGCAUAGGGCUAGGUUGUUGUGUAAAAUCCCGGUGUGCAUCGCCAAUUCAAAUCAUGGAGAUUCUUACUUGACUGAUGAAAGUAAUUUUGUCAAAAACGUGAUGUCGUCGUUUGAGCUUAUUUCAAACACAUCAGAAAGUAUUUUUCAACUCAUGGGCUUGAUUAUAAGUUGCUUUUGUGGAAUAGGAUAUUCGGAACAUGUCUCCGAUUUUAUCUUGCAACAUACUACGCAUAAAUUCAUCCAUAUUUGGUCUAAAUCUUUGGCUUACAUCAACAUGAAGAGCAUGGAGAUAACUCUAUCACCGUUGGCCAAGAAGUGCCCAACUUAUGAACUAUUUUAUACACUUAUAUCAGAAAUUAUAUCAACUCCUCAUGGCUUUGAUGCCUAUAUCAAGUUAUGUCGUCGCCUCUUUUAUAUUCGCCAGUUCCAAACGGGCAGUACUAUUAGAAACAUUUUUAGAUCCUUUUCCAUAGAAGUAGAAAAAAAUGAUUUGGCUGAGAAGUCUGGUCGUUUGAUUAACCAGGUCGAUGAAGAUUUAGGAUUUCCAUCUCUUCGUCUGUGGUCAGACGUUAACUCCAUACAAUCAGCUUCAUUGGAGAGGCGCAUAUACCUGUCUCAGAUAUUGAUUUCGUGGUUUGUCGACUUUCGAAAUGUUCUACGUUCUAAGUUCCAUAUAAAUGAUGAUCACCUUUAUCCUGAUGUUCUAUCCGGAAUCACUAAUCAUCUAGGAAGUCCACGAAACGAGAUUCGUACUUUAGGUAUGGUUAUCGGGGAGUGGAUUGUGGAGCUUUUUAAUUGGAGUGCUAAGGAUAGGGAUCAGAAGUUGAAAUUCGAAUACGAAGAGCUGGAUUUUCUCAGUUGCAUUCGACCGUAUUUUGUUUCUCUGGAAGCAACCCCCUGUAUUACUUCUGAUUCUCAGGAUACCACCACCGACUUAGUAUCAAAAAGCAGUUGUAACAAGGUUGACGUCGAUUUAGUGAUGGACAACGAAAAUCACGGUGCUGCGGAACAAACUGUUUAUGAACUGGAUAGUGAUGAUGAUGCAGAUACUGACAAUAACUCCUUAAAACCACUUCCCUCCACUCAUUCUUCAAGUUACAGUGCUAAAAAACCACGUUACCUUCGUGAAUGUCUUGAUGGAAUGUUAUUAUCUGAGAUCAAAGAUAAUGAAGUGAAUAUUGCAUGUACGAUGUCUGCAGAAAAGCUUAUUCGUGCUCACCCAGGAGCAGCACAGGAAAUGGCCGUAGAGUUCGCUCGUGCUCUUGUUCAUGCUGGACCACCUGUAGCACAUAAUCAGGAACAAAUAACUCAAGCGAGACGUAGAGCUUUGGUUGCUAUUGGAGUGGUUGCUCCCCGAAAAUGUGCUCGAUACCUGACUUCGGAGUUUUGUCGGGAAGAUAAUUCUGUGGGUCAAAGAAUGAGUAUUAUAUCAUCCCUUACUGACAUUGCAUGCGAACUCAUACCGUAUUUGUCGCUUUCUUCCGUCAAAGGUACUUUUGCUCACCAAGAUGCCGGUUUGUUGGCUAGUUUAUUAGCGUCGCUAGGAUCUAUUUACGCCUGCUCCCGGUUCUCUCCUGUUCAAUAUCAAAUGGCUGAUGAAUUGCUGGACCUAAUUCCUUUGUUUUAUCGACAUCCAGAACCUGCAGUGCGACGUGCUUUAUUGAUUGCUGUUGGGACGGUCAUCACUACAACUCCACUGGAAAUUCUAUCGUCUAGACCACGGUUAAUUUUCUGGAAAUCAUUAUUGCUGCAUCAUAGUAACAAAAGCUGUAAUGACAAUACUCUUUCUGGUUGGCUGAAAUCCUGCUCAUUGUCUGAUACGGAUACAGAAUGUCAACUUUUAGCUGCUACUGGUCUUUCUGCAUUAUGUGAAAGGUUUUUAGAGUUGAGUCACAGUAAAUAA